GAGUGGAAAACCAAGCGACUGGGGAUGCUUUAGGAAUAGCCCAAUUGGAUUUCUACCCUCUGCCCGCUUAUCCCUUAACCCUCGACCUCACCCUCGCAAGUUCUGCCAUGGAAUGGCUUUUCCUGGGCAGCCUGCUCCAGGACCUCCCAGCUCACCUUGCUCUUCUCAAAGCUGUUCCAAACCUCCCACUGUCCCAGAGUGUGGUAGCGUCUGGAGGUGGCCAAAUCUUCUAAUCUAGCCAAGAGGAUCAAGAAUUGCUUCUGGCCAUGCAAAUCUUGGACGUGCUCCUGUUUGCACACUUCUGCCUCUUCUCUGAAGCUCUGGUGCCAGAGCUGGAACUUAGCCAGGGCUCCAGGGCUCCAGGGCUCCAGAGCUCGGGGGCUCGCCGCAGAUCCCAGCGCCCUGGCGUCUGGCACGUUCGUUGUCGGCAUCAGAAACGCGCUUUCCCCUACCGCCGCCAGCAUGGGCUUUUUCUCAGGUUGGGCUGCAGGGUGGGCCCGGCUCACGCUCCCGCACCCCCGGGACGGCACCAAGCACCUGCCCCUGACACGCGCCCCGCCCCACCCCACCCCACCCGCGCUCCAGGAGCCCGCAAGGCCACCUGCACAGGCCCGGGCUGGGCUCCAGCGCUGGGGAGUCCCGCCAGAUGUUGGGGGGCUCCCGGGACUUCUCGCUCCCUCCUCCCCAGGCACAAGCCGAGCACUCCACGCUGGUCCCCGCCACGCAGACGCCCCAUCACCCCCGCGCUCUCCCCUGGGGCGCGGACCCUCUACAUCUGUGGGGAACCAGGAGCCUCUGAGAUCCUCUGCACCCCACCGCGCAGGAAGAAGGUAGGGGAAAGGACAGACGGAGCCCAGGAGACGCGUCCGAAACCACAUUUCCCGCAGACCUCCGCUCAGCGCCUGAAAGCGACUUCGCAGCCUUUCCGCGUUUUUAGACCGCAGAAGAUGUCCGUGACGUUCUCUCCUGCCCAGAUUGUUUCAGCGCCCUGGGACCUUAGGGGUUAAAGUUUACCGCCAAAUGCAAUGCGUGGUCCUCCAUCAAAUACUCAUUAAAUAACCACCACCUGCGGAAGGCAUUGGA